GUUCGGGAAAAUUCCUGAAGCAGUACCGGCGGCUUCCGGAAGCUAGCUGCGGCCUGAACAGUAGUGCUGGUGAUUGCUGCGGUGAUUCACUUCUAGUCCCGGGUGGUGUGGAUUUCGCCGAGAAGACGGAAUGGCGCUCUUGUGUUACAACCGCGGCUGUGGCCAGCGUUUCGACCCAGAGGCCAACUCGGACGAUGCUUGCACAUACCACCCAGGUGUUCCUGUCUUUCAUGAUGCCCUAAAGGGUUGGUCUUGCUGUAAAAGAAGGACAACUGAUUUCUCUGACUUCUUAAGCAUUGUAGGCUGUACAAAAGGUAGGCAUAAUAGUGAGAAGCCACCUGAACCGGUCAAGCCUGAAGUCAAGACUACUGAGAAGAAGGAACUAUCUGAAUUAAAACCCAAAUUUCAGGAGCACAUCAUUCAAGCCCCUAAGCCAGUAGAAGCAAUAAAAAGGCCAAGCCCAGAUGAGCCAAUGACAAACUUGGAGUUAAAAAUAUCUGCUUCCCUAAAACAAGCACUUGAUAAACUUAAACUGUCAUCUGGGAGUGAAGAAGAUAAAAAAGAAGAAGACAGUGAUGAAAUUAAGAUUGGGACUUCCUGUAAAAAUGGAGGGUGUUCAAAGACAUACCAGGGUCUACAGAGUCUAGAAGAAGUCUGUGUAUAUCAUUCUGGAGUACCUAUUUUCCACGAGGGGAUGAAAUAUUGGAGCUGUUGUAGAAGAAAAACUUCAGAUUUUAAUACAUUCUUAGCCCAAGAGGGCUGUACAAGAGGGAAGCAUGUAUGGACUAAAAAAGAUGCAGGGAAAAAAGUUGUUCCGUGUAGACACGACUGGCAUCAGACUGGGGGUGAAGUUACCAUCUCAGUGUAUGCUAAAAAUUCCCUGCCAGAACUCAGUCAAGUAGAAGCCAACAGUACUUUGUUAAAUGUACACAUUGUAUUUGAAGGAGAGAAAGAAUUUCAUCAAAAUGUGAAACUGUGGGGUGUAAUUGAUGUUAAACGAAGUUAUGUAACUAUGACUGCAACAAAGAUUGAGAUCACUAUGAGAAAGGCGGAACCCAUGCAGUGGGCAAGUCUUGAACUACCUACAACCAAAAAGCAGGAGAAACAAAAAGAUAUAGCUGAUUGAUUAGAAGAGAAAUGGAAUUCUUAAUGUGUGUGGUGAAAUAGUUGCUUGCUGCUGUAAUCUUUUUGUUGUUUUUAGUCUGUCGUUUUGGGGUCAUCAUGAGGUUCUUCAAAGCCAAAGUCUGUUAAAUGUUUGUGCCUCUAUCUUCCUUUCGAGUUGCAUAAUAUAAUUAUUCAAGUCUCCUCACUAGAACUAUAGUUGUUGCCCUUACACUUGAAGGGAGGGAAAGAAACCAUAAGUAUAAUUGCAGUAUUUUUUAGUAUAAAUUAUUAUAAGCAGGAAGUGAAAGAAGUUUUGUUUUGUUUUGUUUAAUCCUGAUAACUCCUUUUUCCCUUAAAUGGGAAAGCAAAGUGGUAUAUAAAAAACUGAGUUGGCCUCUCCAUGAACUUUUGUUAUUAUAAUUCUUGAAAAUCUUUAAGGAAAAGACUUUUUGUUUCUUCCUAUGCAGUAGUUACUUUUUGUAGUACUAAUUCUGAAGUGGAGUCAAACCGUCUGUGUGUGCUGGCUGAGUUUAUAAUUCAUUUGCAGUUAAAUUAAUUUUAGAAAGUUGCUUCAAUACUUGCAUUACCUGGCAAGCAGUAUAAUUUAAGUCUAUAGGAAAUAAACUAAGAUUAUAGAAUUACAAUUUGGUUAAAAUUCAUCAUAAGAGUAAGCAAUAAUGUUAAAAUCUCUUUCCUGAUUAUUUAAAGAACUCUUUAUGGUGUUUUGACAAAAUUAUAUCUGAUUUAUAGUCUAAACACUCUUAUGGGUGAUAUCUGUCUCCCUGAUGAAAAACUGUAUCUGUUAAAUUGUGAAUGUGUAGCUUCGUUGAAAUACAUUAAGGUGUGUGUUGCGGCUUGAAUCUGAAAUGUACCUGGAGGCUUGUUUUGAGCUGUUGGUCUUUCAACUUAGGGCUCUAUUUUGAAGGCUGUGAAACCUUUAGCAUAUUGAGGGGUGAGCCUUUAAGGAUUAUACAGUCUUGCUGGUCUGAUCCAGUCAGGACAUAUGAACCACCUCUGUCCCAUACUCCCACUGCUGCCUCCUCAGCCAUUAUAGAUUGUAUCCUCUGAAACCGUGAGCCAAAAUAAACCUUACCUCCCUUG